AUGCCUAACAGAUUUGUUCAAAUUGCUGUCGAAGGCAAUGUUGGUAGUGGUAAAACGACAUUUCUUCGCUAUUUUGAGAGCCUUUCUCCAAACGUAGAAGUUUUUCCUGAGCCUAUUGAUCAGUGGAAUAAUGUUAAAGGCUUCCGCCUAUUUACCUCAAAAAUUCGGCUCGUUGAGCGUUCUAUUUACAGUAAUCGCUAUGUUUUCACAGAGGUUAAUCGACGAAAUGGUGUUCUCACGGAUGGUGACUGCGAAAUUCUUAACGAAUAUUACGAAUGGAGUUGUCAGUUGCCAAUUUUCAAGUUGGAUCUAAUUGUUUAUCUUCGCUCCACACCCGAGGUCUGUGUGAAACGAAUUCGAAGGCGUCAACGAACAGGAGAGGAUACCAUGUCGAUUGAAUUCCUGAGAGAGGUACACAGACUUCAUGAGGAAUGGUUACUAGGAAAAUACUCCGAGUAUUGCCCUGCUCCUGUUGUGAUUUUCGAUACUUCAGGAUCUCUGGACAAUGUUACUUCAACCUAUUUCAAACGAAAAGACGAAAUUCUUUGCACAGUUCUAGUUUAG